AACUAGAAACUUGAAACCCACUUACUAGUUACUACAUCGUCUCUAAAAGUGAGUAAUUAGUUUGAGCUUAAAAUUGUAAUGAUGGAAAGCUCUUCCAAACUCAUCCACAAUGCUCAUUUUAUGCAGCCUCUCCUCUCUGGUUUCCUCUCCUCUUUUGUUUGUCUCUUUUUAACCCUUUUCUUUUUUUUUUCUUCUUCUAUCAUGUUAUUUUUUAUUUUUCAUGCACAGUCAAUUCCAAUGGCAUUUGUGAAGCUCUUGGAGAAGGAGUUGAAGGUGAAAUCAAUGGAGAGUAUGCCAAGUGUGGUGCUAACGACGGAUGAUGAGCCUGGCUGUCAUUGGUUUGUCAAACUCGAAGGCGGUCGUCUUUUUAAGGAUGGUUGGAAGGAAUUCUGCCACCACCAUGGUUUAAAAGUGGGUGACUUUGUGGUGUUUUCUCAUCAACUUAACUUGAUCUUCCAAGUCUCUGUCUUUGAUCCUGUCACUUACUGUCAGCGCUAUUUUACUGGUCUGUUCUUUUCUGUCAUCAUUUUUCGUAUUAAAAUCUAG